CCGGAGAGCCUCAGAGCCGAAUAAAGAGAGACAGAGAGCGCGAGCGAGCGGAGGAGUUUAAUAACACUCCACCGGUACAGACAGGGACCCGUUAAUCCCCCUGUACACACGCACACGCAGUUUACACACACACACACACACACACACACACACACACGCAGAUGCGCACGCGCGCUCGCGCGGGAUGAAGCGUACCGGAGUUUGAAACGUGUUUGGGACUGAGCAGAACUCUGUGUGUGGAUUUUAUAAACCAGGAAUUAUCUUUUGGGAUUUCUUUAGCGUGAGAGCACCUGUACUUUUCCAUUAAUGAGGCAGCCUCCGGCAGAUGUGGACGGUAUGGCGCUGAGGCGCGCGCUCCUGCCCUCCAUCUCCACCUUCACCACCGGAGCCGCUGAGCCGAGAUGGAAGGACGAAAUGUCUCAUAUGAAGCACUCUGACAACAUUAUGCCUAAAAAAGAGCCAGAGGAAUUUGAGCUUCUCGACUACGACUUCAUCCUCUCCAACAGCGUUAUGCAGCAGCAGCAGCAGCAUCAGCAGCAGCAGAGUCGGCCGCCGCCACAGGAAAUGACAUCAUCAGCCUAUCCGUCCUAUCACAUGUCCUAUGUGCCAGACAUCAGUGACGUUUCUCCAAGUGGCGGAUUCAUCGCCGAGCUCAUGAGACCUGAUCUGGACCCUGCCUACCUUCAGCCACUUACCGCUGAUGUUAGCGCUACUGCCAAUGCUAAUACUAACACUAACCUUAAUCUACAUGGGAGAUUUGUGGUUAAAACGACAAAUGUUCAACCCAACAUGUCGGCGUACGGCGAGAGUGAGAACAUGGCUGCAUCAGAACCAUCGCCGGAUUUGUUUAUGUGCCGCAGAAUUAAACAGGAAGUCCAGGCCUCCACGUCCUCUUCCUCCCUCUCCCCGGAAGAGCAUCACACACCUGCACAGGUCUUGGCUCAUCCCUCGAUCUCUGUACCACAGGGAUUUCAUCCAUCUCAUAGUUAUUCCCAGUUUGCCGCAGCGUCAGUGCAGUACUCAGAAAUGGUUCCUCCUGCAGCAGAGGAGCCGAAACCCAAACGUGGGCGACGCUCGUGGCCAAGAAAGAGGAUGGCCACACACACGUGUGAUUACGCCGGCUGUGGGAAAACCUACACGAAGAGCUCACACCUGAAAGCACAUCACAGAACACACACAGGAGAGAAGCCAUAUCACUGUGAUUGGGAAGGCUGUGGAUGGAAAUUUGCCCGCUCUGAUGAACUGACUCGUCAUUACCGUAAACACACGGGUCACAGGCCGUUUCAGUGUCAGAAGUGUGACCGUGCAUUUUCCCGCUCUGAUCAUCUGGCACUGCACAUGAAACGCCAUCUAUAACCUUUAAUCCUAAUCCUAAACCACACGCGGCUAUAAACAUGACGCACAGGACGUCCAUCAACACUCCACGAGUUGCCUUUUUAAAGAAAAGACAACGAAAGAAAAAGACCUGAGACACGCUGUGAUGUUCACGGCAAAACAAAGUUCACUAUUAUCUCUUUAUUUUUACUUUAUAUAGAAACGCUGAUGGCUCAUGAACUGGACCAUUAUUCAGCAAACUGUACUGACAAUUUUAUUUAUUAGACUUUAUUAUAAUUGUACAUCAUCAUUAUUGUCAUUUCAUGUCUUCACUACAGACAGCUGUUUACUGAAGAGCUUUACUUCGCAAAGCAAACGUCCCAUAAUACUACAACACGAACAGCAUUCAGCAAAACCAGUUUAGGAUAACACUAUUUCUAAUAUAGCUCUCCUGUAGUGUGCACUACUUAGUGAUGUUCCGUGUUGACCUCAGUCUGAUGGAGACAGGUGGAGAACCCCAGGGGCUACAUUCUAAACUGUACAUCCUAGAACCCUGUAGAUAAGAAUGAACAUCUCUCUGCAUUAAUAUGCAGAGAGAAUACGCAUUAAUGGUCUGGGUUAGUGCAGUACAUAGUGCACAUUAAUCUUCACUGUAGGGAAUAGGGUGGUAUUUGGAACACAGUCCAGGAACCUGAAGCGCACAGGAUAUAGGAAUACAAUUUAUUUAGUGUUCUUGUCUUCCAGCACAUCAGUGACUCAGAAACCACUGAUCUGUAAAAUCAUAAGGAUUAAUAAAAAAAAAAAACAGACAAAAAAAAAAAAAAAA